AUGUCCUACACCGCGCAGAACCGAAAUGGAGGGGACACACGACCCCCCGCAGUGGAAGAAAAAAAGACCUCCAAGCUAACCACAUUCUUCCCCACAGUUGCACCAGGCGAUAUAUCAACAACCCCAGAGUUCGGAGCCACCGAGCUACCAACCUCGCAAUCCCAAGCGGCCCCAUCCCACCUCAACCCCGCCGAGGCCCUCCGCUCCGAAACCUCAACCCCAAACUCCACCACCGAAAGCCAGAUCCUCUCCCACCCCGCACGCGCGCACCAAUUCAUCACAAACCCACCUCUAACCGUCUCCCAAAUCCACGGCACAAACCCCCUCCACCAAUUCCACUCCUGGUUCAAAGACCCCCGCCUCUCGCCCAGCUCCGCCCCAGAAACCUGCACCCUAGCUACAGCCGAGCUCCCCUCCGGCCGCGUGAGCGCCCGCAGCGUCUACCUGAAGGAGCUCGACGAGCGCGGCUGGGUUGUGUAUAGUAACUGGGGAAGCCGCGAAGGCAAAGGCGGACAGGUAUUUGGCCGCGAGGACGGAAACGGAGAAGGGGAAGCACCUACUAACCUCCCCGAGCCGAGCGAGGCCGCAGCAUCCCACCUGGGCAACAGAUGGGGGGCGCUGACAUUCAGCUGGGCGAGCGUUGAGCGCCAGGUGCGGGUUGAGGGACUUUUGGAGCCGUUGAGUCGGGAGGAGAGCGAGUUGUAUUGGCGGACGCGGGAGCGGGGGAGCCAGAUUGGUGGGUGGGCUAGUUGGCAGAGUAAGGUGCUUUGGUCUGCGGAGCCGGGUCAGUUGGAGGAGCACCAGCGGCGGAAGAGCGUUGCGCGCGUGCAGGAGGCUGCGGCGGGAUCGGACACUUUGGCGGGUCUUGAUCAGACGGAUAUUGAUGAUGGGAGGGCGUUACUUGAGCAGCAGGUUAAGGAUAUUGAGGCCAAGUUUGAGGGCGUGAAGGAUAUUCCGCUUCCGCCAUUUUGGGGUGGUGUUCGAUUGGUGCCGGAGUCUGUUGAGUUCUGGCAGGGUCGUCGUAGUCGAUUGCAUGAUCGCUUCCGUUACGUGCGAGUUGAGGGUGAAGGUGGUCAGUGGCGUUUGCAGAGACUUUCUCCGUAG